GAAGCACAUAGCCAAUGAUGGAAGCUUACACUUUACCGACAGUAGAAAAUACUCGUUCUGCUUGCUGCAAUUACCCCGAAAUUCGCUAAGCUAACUGACCUAACGAAAAUUUUCGAAGGUUGGCUGUCUUCAUUAAGUACUCUCCUAUCGGUGAAUAGAGUUACGCCAUUUUUCUUAUAGGGUGAAGUAACUUUUUCGGGGAACAGCAAGAACGAAAAAUGGCAGCGAAGGGCGCAGCUCUCAUCAAGACCCUUAUUACCGAGGCUAAGCCUAAGCUGAGGGUCAUUGCAAGCUAUGCCAAGGUUGAGCUUGUGCCACCUACUCCUGCUGAUAUUCCUGCCAUUCGCUCUGGAAUCAGCAGAUUGAUCCAAAGUGCCAAAACUGGUCGUUACCGUGACCUCACUGUGAGGGAGGCUUGGUUGAACACCCUAAUUGCUGUUGAAGUUAUUUGCUGGUUCUACAUUGGCGAAUGCAUUGGCAAACGACAUCUUGUUGGUUACAAUGUUUAAGUGCUUGAGCAUCACCAACCCUCAUAGGAAAUUACGUACAGUUAUAGAUGUUUCCGUAAACAUGUGAUCACUCACCGAAUGUAAGUUUAAUAAAUAGCAAUUAAAUUGCAAUUCAA